CAUGGCUAGGCUAUGCUUAGCAAUGAGUAACAACACUCAGAAUUAAGAGAUAAAACAAUCGACACUCCAACAAGAACGCCCAAUGCUUGAGAAAUUAUUAUCAAGUGCUUCUCUGUGAGCGGAGCAGCAUUAAGUCCUCUGCUUCAACGCCAAUUUCUGAUCGAUUCCCUUUGAAUGCAAGCAGCUUCUACUGGUCAGAGAAGAUUGAAGCUCCCAAGUGGUUAAUGGGAAGUCAGGUGCUUACUGCAGAUCAUGUGACACAUGUAUCGUGACGUCUUGAGCUGAUCCUUCAGGCAGGGUAGGCAACAAGUCGAGCUGAAGACUAGUAAAAGGAUCUUAUAUUUCGCUUUUCCUCAACUGACUCCGUAAGUCUAUGAGUAUUCUUUAUGCUGCAAAAUGGGAUACAGUGAAAAUUGCUGUCAAUUAUGCGCCGUCUCGAUAAAUGUCGCCCGCCUUCGCACCAAGAAUGAGCCCCAGUCGGCUGGAUGGGGAUACUCGAGUGGAGAGUACUACUCCGGCGAUGCAAUGGGUGCCCGAUGUACAACCUUUGCAGAGCGAAGUGGGUGCGAGAAUAUUCCUCACGAAACAGCGGAAUGGAUACAUCUACCUGGACGAUGGUGUGUUUUCGAGGGUGGGUAUAAUGGAUGGAAGAUCGGAGCUGAGGAGAUGAAGGGUAUGAAUCUUCCACGAUAUAUUAUGAGGAGACCGAAGGAUGCGGAUUUUGAUGGCGAGGGAGCGGAUUAUGAAGAGGAGUCGGAUUACUUUCUUACAUCGCAGACUACGUGCCCUCCGGAUGAUUUCGAACCGGGAGAACUGGAGCACGUGCGUUACGGUAUCGAUAACUUCUUUCCUCAGAACUAUGCUGUUUUGAGCAGUGAUGAUGACAUGGACGUCGGUGUUCCAGUCCAUGAUUCUUGUUGGAAGAUCUUUGAACGUAUUUGCAAGAUGAGGUUGGGUAAAGUUGAUCUCCAAGGUUUCAUGUUGUUGUGGUUUAGACAAGCCUGUGGGAAUUGUGGCUUUCAAAACAUGAAGCAGGAACCUGUUAUAAGAGAAUGUAGGGAGCAGUUUUGGUGCCACUUGCCUGGGACUGAGUAUUUGGGUGCCAAUCCUCAUGACAUACCUGGCCUGCUACUCGGAGUCUCAGACCAGUACAGAUCUUACCCCAACGGCGAUAACGUAUUUCAGGCUCACCAACCAGGAAUUGGGGAUCCAUCAGUUUACGAAAGCCAAACAGAUCCGUUUUCAAAACUUCCAGCUGAGCUCAAGAACAUAGUUCUAUCCUAUCUUUCAUCCCAGGAUAUAGCUAGACUUCGUCUAGCUUCGCGAUCCUUUCGACAACUGCCGAAACAGCUUUUCCUGCGUCUCUUACAGGAUGAGUUACCAUGGUUCUGGGAAUUCGACGAAUUGAAACAGCUGGACGAUGACUGGUGGAAAGAGUGGUUCAAAAAUGACGACCCUGAGAAACAACACGAGGAACAUGCGAACAGAAUCAGGAAAAGUAGGGAAGGCAAUUUCACCGAAGAUGUGAAUUGGCUUAUGGUGUACAAGCAGCUUUGCGUGUUGAAGAAAGGUGUUCUCGGAGUGAGAAACAGAGCGAGAAUUUGGUACAUGGUGGAAGAGGUAGUGCGAAGAAUUGCAGAGCUGAGGGAGAGACUUUCUGAUGAUUCUGGUUAUGAUCUCAGAGGUCGUGAGACCUUUCCCGUUGAGCCAACAGAAGAUGAGGUCGAAGCGGGACUGGUCAAGAAUGAUCUUUACUGUCCAAGGUGCCAGGUCUUCCAAAUUCAGAGGGAAAAUCCAACUUAGAUGGGUUCUGGAAAUUAGAUAUAGCAUAGAAUACCAAAC